AUGUUUAAAAACACGUUCCAGAGCGGAUUUUUGUCCAUAUUGUACAGCAUCGGCAGCAAACCUCUGCAGAUAUGGGAUAAAAAGGUGAGCAUCGAUUUAGUCCGUGAUAGAAAUGCAGUUAGCUUCCUUAGUAAGGUGUGCUAAAUCUCAGUACCUGAAUGCCUCUUGAUAAAGCCGUAUUUAACCCUCUGGUCAUAUUUAACCCUCUGAUCACAUUGAACUCUGCUGCUGUUUGGUUUGGAGGGGAUGAAAACGCCGUUUUUGUUUGUACCUUGUUCGCCUUUUACAUUGUCAGUAGGAUUUGGAUACAUCGUUUCCGGCAAAGAACACAGUUUUACUUCAGUCUUUAGCUUCUUUGACGGCUUUCCUAAACUGUAAAAGACUCAUUUUCUGGAUAUUUUAAUCUAUUUUAGGAGCCCCUUGUAAGAAUUGCAGAAUAAAAGGCAGGCAGUUGCCAAGCAACUGAUAAGAAUAGCAACAUUAUAGGCAAUCAACAUUUUACCUUUACAUUUGCAUUCAAACUAUGAAAACAACAACAAGGUAAUAGCACGUCUUUAAGAUCCUGCAGGUUUACUAACUGUUUACCACACUCCUCUCCUAACAUUUGAAAUGUCUUAUUUCCUGCCUCCACAUCCAUCUUUGAAUUACAGCAACAUGAUUUCUGAGUUCCUGCUCUCCCAUUUCUUGGUAUUAUUUUGGCUGAUAAACAUACUAAUGCAUCAGUGCAAAAACUCACCUGACAACUGUCCUUUGAUGAAGAGAUACUAAAGGAUUCCUCCAUAUGAUUUCUUUUGGUCACAGGUACGAAACGGUUCAAUCAGGAGAGUCACUGACGAAGACAUUCACUCACAGGUGUUGGAAGUCGAAGGGCAAAAUGUCUGGUGAGUAUGUGUGUCAGUUAAACAGACUCUCCAGCUCUCUCUCGCCUCUUUCAUUCAUCUUCUUUGUUGUUUUAUGUAUCACCUGCAGCACCACCUAUAUAACAUGCCCUGCAGACCCCAAGAAGACCCUGGGAAUCAAGCUUCCUUUUCUGGUGAUGAUCAUUAAGAACCUUAAGAAGUAUUUCACCUUCGAAGUCCAGGUUAUCCCAGAACACACGUCCUCUCACUGAGGACAUCAAGUAAAUCUUGAGUUUGUUGUACCAGUUUAAUGGUUUUUCAUGCUUUCUCUACAUUUUUGUAACUUUCAGGUGUUAGAUGAUAAAAAUGUUCGCAGACGGUUUAGAGCGAGCAACUACCAAAGCACGACAAGAGUGAAGCCGUUUAUCUGUACAAUGCCCAUGAGGUUGGACGACGGCUGGAACCAGAUCCAGUUCAACCUGUCCGACUUCACCAGGAGAGCCUAUGGAACCAACUACUUAGAGACGCUGCGUGUGCAGGUUAGCAAACUCAGACAGCCCAAAAACAGUCCUUAAAAGGCGCCUACACUCAGUUUUCUGAAUCAUCUCUAAAGCAAUGGCUAACUUUCUGUUUUCCCCUCUAGAUCCACGGCAACUGUCGAAUACGGAGAGUGUAUUUCUCUGACAGACUGUAUUCUGAGGAUGAGCUCCCAGCAGAGUUUAAACUCUUUCUGCCUGUCCAAAACCAAAAACCGAAGGUGAAACACACACCUCCACACAUGUAAAAUAAAAUAUUAAUUAAUUAUGCAAUACUCACACACAUAUUAUCAUACCAGUAGACAUUUGCACACUAGAAUAUAUGUGCCGUGAUUUGGGUCAAACACUCAUAUUUGUUUGUUUUGUAUUUUGCAGCAGUAA